AUGUCUGAAAGAGGGAUGAAAAGCACCAAUCCAUUCAGGACUGAGAAGGAGAACGAUGCUCGAUUCGUUAGUAGCUCGACAAAUCCGUUUGUCAGCUCGAGCGAGAGAUCCAAAAACACACAUAGCGGAAACAAGGGCCUGGCUCAUAGUCGUAGCAGCAGGAAUUUUAACGAUGAGGCCAAUGUCUCGGAAAAAUAUCCGGAGCAACGGCGCCACAAAACCCACCACCAUCACCAUCGCAGUUCCAAGGACAAUACGAGGCUUGACACUAUAGAUAAGCUAGACGUCACGGGAAUAUUCUCACAAGCUGGGUUUCACCACGACGGGCCAUUCGAUGCAGCGAGACCUCAAAGAAAUCGUCGAAAUGACAAAAAUGCCCCAGUAUUGGCCUUCCCUAUGAAUGGAGAAAAUAGCAGUUUGACAAGGCCACGUUUACAAAAUUCAACAAAGUCGUUUUCGUCAACGAGCGACGAUUCUUCUAGUAGUGUUGGCAUCACCAGAAGAGGUACAGUAUCUGGCCAAUUUGACAGUGCAACAAGAAGCAGAAUGGUACACAGUCAAUCGACGGCAGGACUUGGGUCCAGUACGUUCUUAGAUGGUGCACCAGCCUCUCAGGAGGCUGUGAGAGAGGAUAUUAGGACGCGUAUCAGAAGAAACCAAACCGUUAAGGCGAAUAGGCGAAAGUCCAUAGGUGAUAUGCUGAGAGCAGAAUUUAUAGGUACCCAGGAGGAAAAAGUCGGUGAUGCGCCAAAGAGAAAUGGCAGUAAGUUACUUAGAAGAGUGAAGAGUUUGAAGACACGUAAUAAAUCGUGA